CUCACCUUACUAAAAAAUCAUAAUGGAUCCAUCAGAAUAUCCUUUUGAUAUUGAAGCUUACAAGAGGCAGUCCGAAAUUGAAGAAAGGUAUAUCAUCAACCGGUUUAUGGAGCGUCGAAACAAAAUAGAGGAAGACUAUCCACCUCGUAGCAAGAGAAACUACAUCAAAAGAGACUAUGCAUCAGCAAAUCAAAGACUAAUUGACGACUACUUUGCCAAUGAACCUACAUAUGACGAUGCAAUGUUUCGUUGGCGAUUCUGGAUGCGAAAACAUAUUUUCCGUCGGAUCGUUAGAGUCCUAUCAAGCAGCGACAACAACUUCACCCAACGAUCUGACGCAGCCAAGAAAGAAGGUAUAUCUCCAUUAGCAAAAUGGACUACGACCAUGCGAAUGUUAGCAUAUGGUGUGGCAGCUGACACGGUGGAUGAAUACAUCAAAAUUAGAGGUACUACUGCUUUAAAGUGCUUGCGAAGAUCUCAGAGCCCCAACUCAAGAUGA